AGGCAGGUCCUCACUCACUUCUGCCUGGCUCCAGGAGAUGACAGGGAAGUUUACAGAUACUGAGGACUCCUUCGAAUGGCUGGCGGGGCUAUGGUCAACUGCAAAGACCUCUUUCCCCAGGCCUCAUACCCAAGGGGAUAGGUCAUCCCUUUAUCUGUUUGGAUUUACACCUCUCCUUGGUACUGUCCGCAGCAAACAUUUUAGAUCAAGGGUGAGUGGGGAGCCGAGAAGCUCCCCCUCGGUAGCUCCAGUGGUGUGCCAAGCAGCCUGCCAUAUCUUGGUUCUGGUUUCUUUGGAGCAUCAGUGCCUCCUUUCUUUUCUGAGCAUGGACUAAGCUUUGCCUGAUCAAAGCUUAGUCUUAGUUCAAGACUUGGCUCUUUCCAAGAUUCCUAUUGUGCUAAGGAAAGUUCCUUUCAAUUGUUAUAGUGUUUCUCAACAGGGCACUGAUAGCUUUAGGCCAGACAAUUCCUGUACCCACCAGCCUUUAUGACAAGCAAAACACACCUAUUUUCAGAGUCCCCCUAGGGCAUCUCAAUGCCUGGUUGAGAAGCACUGUUACUUAGAGGGUGAAUGCCUAAGUGUCUUCCAUCUUUAAAAAAAAAUCCCUUGACCCCAGAGCUCUCCCUCUUGGGGAGUUUUAUAGAAAGACAGUCAUAUCAACUUCAGUUAAUGAUAAUCCUCUCUCUUCUCCAAUGUAGAUGAUUUUUCUUUUCUUCUUGAGCAGUUCUCUAGAAGUUAAACAACAGCGUUAAAUGAUACUGACAAUGGCGGGCACUUGUGAUUUGCACCUGAUUUUAAUGUAUGAUGUUGGCUUUUGGAUUAAGAUAGACAGUGGCCUGGCGCAAGCGCUGGUUUGUCCUGCGGCGCGGCCGCAUGAGCGGCAACCCCGACGUCUUGGAGUACUACAGGAACAAGCACUCAAGCAAGCCCAUCCGCGUGAUAGACCUCAGCGAAUGUGCAGUGUGCAAGCAUGCGGGCCCUGGCUUUGUUCGCAAGGAAUUUCAGAAUAAUUUUGUGUUCAUUGUCAAGACUACUUCUCGUACAUUCUAUCUAGUGGCCAAGACUGAGGAGGAAAUGCAGGUGUGGGUGCACAGCAUCAGUCAGGUCUGCAACCUCAGCCACCUGGAGGAUGGUGCAGCAGAUUCCAUGGAGAGCCUCUCUCACCUGCCCUCCUCCCUUCACAUGGCCCAUGCUGUCAGCUCCUCCUUGCCAAGAGAUGACCCAAGCACUAGUACCAUAGCCACUGAGGAAACCAGAAGUGAGUCAGAGUUUCUCUUCCUUCCUGAUUAUCUGAUUCUGUCCAACUGUGAGACUGGAAGACUGCACCAUGCCAGUCUACCCACCAGAUGUGAUAGCUGGUCAAACUCAGACCGCUCAUUGGAACAGACUUCAUUCGAUGAUGUUUUUGUCGACUGUCUGCAGCCGCUGCCCUCUAGUAACUUGGUCCACCCCUCACGCCAUGGGAAUGGAUCUCAGGAGGUGCCUUCCACGAGGGCUCAGGCUGCCCUAAUCUGGAGUAGAGAUAUUAAUGGGCCAUCCAGGGACCACUUUUCUUCACCAUUGCUGCAAACUUCCUUAAAUUCCACCAUUCAGGUAGAUAAAAACCAAGGUUCCUUGUCCUAUGGGGUAAAAGAAGUAGACAUUAUGUCCAACACACCACCUCCCCGACCCCCUAAGCCAAGCCAUCUCUCUGAACGGCGCCAAGAGGAGCAGCUCCUAUGGAGUGGGCACAGCAACGUCAAAAAGGCAGACAGCGCUAUGGUACCAAGAAGAAUCUCCCUCUCUGGUUUAGAUCACAUGAGAACCUGGAAAGCUGAUGUAGAAGGCCAAUCUUUAAGACACCGAGACAAACGGCUUAGUUUAAAUUUGCCAUGCAGGUUCUCCCCAAUGUACCCCACAGCUUCAGCCAGUGCCGAAGACAGCUAUGUGCCCAUGGGCCCCCAGGCCAUUGCCUCUGGUCUUGGAACCCACUGCAGCCCUGAUGAGUACAUCGCAAUGAGCUCAGGAAGCAUCUCAAGCCCACUGCCUGAGCUACCUGCAAACCUGGAGCCUCCUCCAGUCAAUAGAGAUCUCAAGCCUCAGAGGAAACCACAGCCACCUCCCCUGGACCUGAGAAACCUCUCCACUAUCCGGGAACACGCGUCUCUAACCAGGACUCGCACAGUGCCGUGCAAUCGAACCAGCUUUCUCUCUCCAGAAAGAAAUGGUAUUAAUUCUGCAAGAUUUUUUGCCAAUUCUAUUUCCAGAGAAGAGGAAGAAAGCUACAUCCAAAUGCAGGAGCACAGAACAGCCAACUCCCUGAGCAGUGGUGCUCUGACGUGCACGAAGAAAUUCAGCCUGGAUUAUUUAGCCCUGGACUUCAAUUCAGCAUCACCAGCCCCUGUACAACAGAAACUUCUCCUUUCAGAAGAACAAAGAGUAGACUAUGUCCAAGUGGAUGAGCAGAAGACACAAGCUCUCCAGAGCACAAAGCAGGAGUGGACGGAUGAGAGACAAUCUAAAGCGUGAGACAUGUGAGCUUGGGCUGUGUGUGAGACAGGGAAGCAUGGGGCUCGCUUUCAGGUUUUUUUGCUAGAAUUGCACCGGUGGUCAAUGCCAGUCAAGAUGCAGAGAGAAUGUGUAAUUUCCAUGGGCUUAGCAAGAAUCUUUGGGACAGAGGAUCUAUUUGUACACAUUGAACAGAGAGAAGAAGGAAGCAAUCUCCUCCCAGAGGAGGCUCUGAGGAAGUCCAGCCCCUGCUGCUGCCCCUGCCUGUCACAACAGUUUCCUUCUCUGUCCACACUUGUUCAUGCCCAGAGCCUCAUGGAUGCUUGGAGUUGGCUCCACAGUCACAAGAGGCAGACAUGGAGGAUUCCACAGCUGCAGACUGAGAUGUAGAAAACCCCAUUCAUUCAGGCAGAGUUGGAACAACAAAAACAACACUUGGGCGAAUAUUUUUCCCAGAGCUUGGUUAAAAAUCUCUCCAGUGAAGUGUUUGGAGUGUAGAUUGGAGUCAGUAUUGCUACUGACAGGAUAGGAUCAUUUGACUCCAAUACCUGAAAUUCUGACUUCUCUCCUGUGUUUCCUUUGGAAUCAUAAAUUAUCCCAGGAGAGAGGCACCUGGAGACCAUCUUGUCCUAAAAACAUGGCUGAGGAAAUCAAGCCCAGCAACAGUGGCAGAAUCUAUGCUUCUUACUCCAAAAACUCCAGCAGACAAAUCAUUUCUAUCCCCAAAGAAAGAUAAUUCAAGUGAAAAGAGCACUGAAUCCUGGGCUCCAGGAUGAGCUUAUCAGAUGAUACUGGUGGCUUUAAGGAUGUCCUGGUUAAGCUGCUACCUGUGGCUAAGUGUUCCGUUGCUGUUGGCCUUUUCCCAGAAUGCUUUCACAUGCAUCUUCUCAUCUCUUUCCCUAAAAGACUUCGGAAGCUAGGCUUGGCAAAGAUUGUUGUUCCCACUUUGAAAAAAAGAAAAUUGAGAAGCAGAGGAGGGAACACUUUGCCCAAGAUCACUCAUAGAGCUGAGACACAGAGUCAGGCUUAGAAUAGAGUUGGCCAGGCUGCCUAUUGAAGGCUCAUUGCACUGUCUCACACUGCGUCUGAGGAUUGUGAUGAAAUCCAUAAGUGUGGUCAACCUUGAAGACACGUGGGAAACAUGUGCAGAUGCAAGAUGAGCCAUCAUCUCCUCUCCAUUUCAUAGGAUUUUGAGCAGGUGUUUUUAUACUUGAAAGGUAUAUGUGUCAAGCCAGGGUUCCUUUGUAUGGUGUCCAAACAGGGAACUCUAACAUAAUCAGUAGUUACCAUUAGAAAUACUUCCUGACGAUCAGUGUAAAAUCCAUUCUUGGAGCAUGUGGUCCCUUUGCAAUGUGUUUCCUGCCAGCUAGCUACUGUUUGCAGAAGAAUUUUUGCCACCUUGGGGAAGGCACAAAUCUUCCCUGAAUAUCCUAUGCUGGACCCAAGCUUUUGACUGAUAAAGAAUUACGACCAGAAAAACAAACAGAAAAACAAUGAGUUCUGGUCUCAGGUUUCCUCGCUAAUUUUUCUCUUCUGCUUUAGUGAUGACUAGGUCCUUUAUCGGGCACUGGGGAAGAAUAAAGACUCAGUUGGGCAUGUGAUUUUACUUAAUGCCCCUUCCUUAUCCUUCUGAGCACCUGCAGCAGGAAGAUAGAUCUGAACAACUAAGAAUUAAGCAGAUACUGGUCUACCAUUCUGACUGGCACUGUGUCUUAUAUAUAAGGAAGAAUCAAAUAGGCAGGCAGGUCUAUGACAGUCAGGGUUAGUCAAAGCAGUUUUAGGCUUUGCUGCAGGGUUUCAGGGUUUCAGACUGCCCCAAAGGUAAGUAAAUGCCAAAGUCUUAGUUUUUCAUACCAUGAGAGGAGUAAUUUUGAUGUUCAAAGAAGCAGGAUCUGGAGACAUCAUUUUUUUCCUGGAGCAAGGUGAGGAAAAACUGCCAAGUGCUUUAACUGAGUGAAGAGUCCUUACUGAGCCUGGACGGAACAAGGAAAAGGCUCCCCACAGCCGCGGCUGGCCCCAUAUCACUGCACCCCAGCUAGAGCCUGUAAAGAGCUGCCUUCUUCCCUAUGGGACUUGUGAAGAGCCACAGAGCUUCAGGCAAGAAUCCAGGGCUGCAGACUGCCAGUUCCUAUAGACGGUAGCUUCCUUAUGUGUAGAGCACCUGUGUUUAGAUCAUUGAUUACUGCCAAAGGUCAGUGCAGAAAAAUUGUUUGUCCAAAUGUCAAGAACCAUACCAGAUUGAAGAUAGAUCGGAAAAGUAAAUAGAGCUGAAAAUAUGUCACUAGUGAAGAGUCAUCCAACUGACCAAAAGGAAAAAAUCUGUUUCUACAAAACAUUUCCAGGGACAUAUUUACUGCAUGAAGCAAUACACAUUUGAGUGGUGUUACUUGUUUGGAAGUGAUUAAUUAGGGGUUUUAAAAAAAGAUGACUUCACUCUCAAUUCCAGGGUGUAUGCGAUUAUGUCCUGCUUUGAUAAAACUGCUAAUGGAUACACAAAAGCGUAAUAAGUCAGUGAUACAAAGUACAGGCAGUUUUUGAGCUGACAGCAGCAUAUCCUCCUGAGAAAGUCACCAUUAAGUCAAAACAAUGCUGGCCAAAUCUUGUUUUCUGGUGGAGAUAAUCCGUGUGUGACAGAGGGCUAUGAUUCUGACCAGGGUCUGAGGGUUUUGUUUUUUUUAACAGAAAUGAUCCCAGAUAUUCCAAAUCAAGUGCAUGUGGCAUGUCUUUACACUGUGCAGGGUGCAUCUUCUAGAGGAUUGGGGAAUCAACCUAACAGGACAAUGCAGCAGUUACUCCCACAUUGUUUUUUCUAGUUCCUCUCUGCUUUGCUUCCAUCUUUUUUCGUUAGGAAAUUCUUCUAGAUCAGGUGUUGUGUAGUGCAGAAGAGGGGAUGGAAGGGUCUCAAGCCUGCAAGCCCAUAAGGCCACAAUCCCAGGAAUGUUGGGAGUUAAGCUUUCCUUGGGGAGGGAGGAGCCCUAAGGCCUAGCAAACAGCCUGGCUAUCACGGAGUGAUCCUGUGGAGGUCAGUGUCCAGGCCAUUUCACUGUGGAAAAAAGAUCAGCUGAAUCAUGGCCUUUAGGUCCCAAUCAAGACUAAAGGCUCCCUUCAGGCCUGGCUUUCUCCCCUCAGGCUCCCUCAGUCCCCUUCCAUACCAUCUUUGUACCCACAAUCAUGCUGGUUUUUAAAAAUUCAUUGUGUUUUUACUAUUUCACUUCUGGCAUUAAUAAAAGUCUUAUAAGGAGGAGUCAUGACUUAAGUUCUCUCUUAUUUGUUUUAAGUGAUGACAUCCAAUAUAAAUAUAGAAUACAUUUUGAAAGCUGAAUAUGUGAAAAUGGACUUCAUUGCCAUUUUCAAGUACAACAAACUUAACGUUACUUACAUGGGAUGACCUACACACGUGUUAUUUCACUGCAAACAGUUGAGCUGGUGGCUGUAAUGAGUGCAGCUUCUUCUCAGCAAAACCACAUCUUGACAUCUUUUUUCUUGGUCAAAACCUAGCUUCAGUAAUUGACAGUGGUAUCAACGGCCCUCCCUGAUACCAUGUAUACAUGACCUUUGUCAUUACUGACAUUAGAAAGCAACAGACCCCAGCCUGCCUCUCCCAGUCCAGACUAAGCCCCUGACCCAAAGAUGAGCAGGUUGGCCCAAGGACUGACCUGAGAAGCUAACCUACAGAGACCUUGAACCCCAGGCCUCUUAUACUCCUGCCCCUUCACCAGACACCUCCCUAAGUUUCCAGCUUCCUACUUCUCCUUUAUUUCCCUUGAUCUUAAAUUGCAUUUAUUGUUAUCACUUCCUUACUUUAAUUGUGCCAUUUGUUUUAUAAAUUUAGUUUUUAUUUUUUGCAACUAAGACAGUGUGGCAUUGGUGCAGGCUGGAACAGGGGGCCCAAAGGGAGAAAAAGCAGAGCUGAGACGCAGACCCCCACCUACACAGGCAGUUCAUUUAUGACAGAGGGAGCACUGGAGGACCUUGGGAACCUGACAACCUUUCCAGUCAAGGGUGCCCGGUCACUGGAUAGAGAUCCACAUGGACAGUAAUGAACCUUGACCCCACUCUGCCGCCACACACAAACAUUGAUUCCAGGUGGGCCUCAAUGGGGAAGGCAGAGCAAUCGAUUUGACCUGUUCCCUCUGCUUUAUCAGGUCAUUUUGCUUCUGUCUACCACUGCUGUUUGGCUCUCUGUUUCAUGGUCAAAACCCAUAUUUUAAUGAGUUUUAGCCUUUGUUUGCCUUCGUGUAAAAGAACACAACCUAAUUGUUUUAUGUCUGUCUUGAAAUUUUAAAUUAUUUCAACUUUUUUGUUCUUCAAUUUGAGACUUUUAAUUCAUUUUCAUACUCUAUGGUGAUAGAAGACAGAAUAGUGGUUACCUCUAUUGGGGAGAUUAUUAUUGAUUGGAAAGGGCACAACAGAGCUUUCUAGACUGUUGGGAAUGUUCUGUAUCUUAAUCUGGCUGGUGGUUAUAUGAGUGUAUACAUAUGUAAAAAUUUAUCGAUGCAUAAAUUUAGUGUUUGUAAACUUUGCUGAAUAUAAAUUAUACCUCAACAAACCAGUUAGCAUGAAGAAAAAUAAAUGACUCCAGGGGAGUUAAAAAGUUAAUGUAAGAAACACAACCAUAAAACAUAUUAAAGGAAACUACAGGAAAACUUUUUAUUAUCUUGAGUGUGGAAGACCUUCAGCAGCAAGGCACAAAAGACAGAAGCAAUAAAGGAAAUAUUUAUUUCU